AAUUUCCUUCCAAAAAAAAAGUAAAAAAAAAAAAAAUGCUUAAUUUAUCUUCAUUAGUUGGAUUUUUUGUGUUAGGAGUUAUAGGAUGGGUCAUUUAUAAAUUAUUUAUUUGGCCAUUUUAUGUUUCUCCUUUGGGAAAAGUUCCUGGCCCGCCACCUGAUAGUAUAUUACUUGGGAAUUUUAAAUCACUUUUGACAGAAGAGGACAUACAUGUUGAGUGGGUACAAAAAUAUGGGAAUAUUGUAAAAUUCAAUGGAGUAUUUAAUCGGCCAGCUAUUUUUGUCGCAGAUACAAAAAUAAUCCAAGAUAUGACAUUAAAUCAUGUUUAUGAUUAUAUUAAACCUCCUAAUUUUUUGGCUGAUGCUAUUUUAAUUGCCGGGAGAGGUCUUGUACUUGCGGAAGGUGAAGAACAUAAAAGACAGAGAAAAAUGAUGAAUCCAGCUUUCACUCAUAAUAACAUCAAAGAAAUGGUUCCAACAUUUAUUCGAGUGGCUUUUACUUUAAAAGAGUUAUUAGAAGAUAAAUUAAAUCAAGGAGAAUCUAACAUCAAUCUUACGCCUUAUAUCUCAAAAGCUACUUUAGAUGUCAUUGGCUUAGUUGGAUUUAAUUAUGAAUUUAAUUCGUUAACAACUUCAAACGAAUUAGCGGAAGCCUAUAAUUUUCUUUUUAAUGGACCAAACCCUGCCUUACGCUUUGUCAUCAGCAUUUUAUCGAAUUAUAUCCCAUUUUUUAGAGAUAUUCCGAUAUCUAUGAACAAGAAUUUUAAAAAUGCGUGUGCAAUUAUUAGGCGAGUAUCAAAGAAAUUGAUGGAAGAAAAAUAUAAUGAAGCGAAAAAUGGAGAAUUGAAAAGCAACGAUCUUCUAUCUUUGUUAAUUAAUAUUAAUAAAACAUUGCCCGUUGAAGAGAAAAUGACUGAUGAAGAAUUACAAUAUCAGAUUAUGACAUUUCUAAUAGCAGGCCAUGAAACCACUAGUGCUUCGACUUUGUGGGCUUUGUAUUUACUUGCACAGCAUCCACAUGAGCAAGACUUAUUACGUGAAGAAUUAGUUAAAGCUUUUCCUGAUAAAUCAAAUUUCAACCCUACAUAUGAUGAAAUUAAUUCUUUGGAGUAUUUGAAUUGCACAGUUAAAGAAAUUUUAAGAAUAAAUUCUCCUGCGUCAAUAGUUGGUCGGGCUAAUGUUAAAGAUGUAGUUUUGGGAGAAUAUUUAAUUCCAAAGAAUACUACAAUAAUGAUGGCCAUUUCAGCACUUCAUAAAUCACCUGAAAUCUGGGGUCCAACAGCCAAUGAUUUUGAUCCAAAAAGGUGGUUAGAUCCUUCAUUAACUAAAAAUGUGACAAAUCUAAAUUAUAUACCUUUCCUCGCCGGUACAAGAUCUUGUAUAGGAAAUAAAUUAGCUUUAACUGAAUUUAAGAUAUUAUUAAGUAUGUUAAUUAGGAAUUUUGUUUUUCAACCAAUUGAAGGUUUUAAAUUUAAUAAGAGAACUAUAGGUGUUAGUAAGCCUAGUCCAUAUCUUGGAUUAAUUGUUUCUAAAGUUGAAGGUUAAGAAUAAUUUAUUUAUUUAUUUAUAAUUUAUAUCUUUUUUAAUUCUCAUACUUUAAAUAUAUACAUUUUAUUUUAUUCAUUGUGUGUAAAUUGAUAUAUGCAUAAAGUUGUUUAUUUAAUAAAUCUAUUUUUUUUGAUGG